GUCUCAUUUGGGCCGCUAAAGUUCUAAUUUAAAUCUCGUUAGCACAUGAGGACUUGAUAAGUUUUUGUGAUUGUGAGUGAUAGUUACAAAAAUGUGGUUUGUUGGGUUGCCAAGAAUUUGCAAAGGAAGCUUGCCCAGAAGCAGAAUAUUGCAAAACAUGAAUCUUGUUAGGGUCAAGUUAUUUGGCUUUUCGUAUAUGGGAAGACUCUUAGAAAGAUCCAAAGCUUGUGCAGACUAUUCUACUCUUGCAGAAGUUAAUGAUAACAUUGAUAAGGGUACUGGAAAAAUGACAUUAGCGAAGGACUUGGCUUUUGUUGUUGAGGAAUCCUCCAAAGCUGAUGAGAGAAAAGCGAAGAGUCGAAUGGAGCUUAAGAGGUCUCUUGAACUUCGUAUAAAAAAGAGGGUGAAGGAGCAAUAUUUUAAUGGAAAAUUUAAAGAUUUAAUGACAAAAGUGAUUGCAAAUCAAGAAACCCUUCAUGAUGCUUAUAAUUGUAUUCGGAUCAAUGCGAAUGUCGAUAUAGCAAUAGAUAAUGAUAACAUAUCUUUUGAAUCCAUGGAAAAAGAGCUCUCCAGUGGAUGUUUUGAUAUUGGUGGAAAUACUUUCUCUAUUGCAACAAAGGGUGCAAGAAAUGAAAUCCUUGUCCUUCCAAAGUUAAAGUUGAAAGUUGUUCAAGAGGCUAUUAGAAUAGUUUUGGAAGUUGUUUAUAGGCCCUACUUUUCCAAAAUAUCCCAUGGUUGUCGGAGUGGACGAGGUCAUCAUUCAGCAUUAAAAUACAUCAGCAAAGAUAUCUCUAACCCUGACUGGUGGUUUACAUUGAUCAUAAGCAGAAAGCUGGAUACCUGCAUCCUUAAUAAACUUAUCUCCAUAAUGGGGGAAAAAAUACAAGACCCCUGCUUAUUUGAUAUGAUCCAAGGCAUGUUUGAUGCCCGGGUACUCAAUAUGGAAUUUGGGGGUUACCUAAAAGGCCAUGGUCUUCCGCAAGAGGGAGUGUUGUCUCCUAUAUUAAUGAACAUAUACCUUGAUGUUUUUGACCAUGAAUUGCACAGACUUUCAAUGAAAUAUGAAGCUUUGAAUCCAGAUGUCCAUUUUGGUGGAGAGCAGCUCCACUCGAAGUUGCGCAGCUGGUUUAGGAGGCAGCUGAAAGGAAAUGAUAUUAAAAACAGCAGUAAGGAGGGUUCAAGAAUUUAUUCUUGUCGCUUCAUGGAUGAGUUAUUUUUUGCAGUUUCUGGAUCCAAAGAUGUUGCAAUUGAUUUCAAGUCUGAUGCUGUAAAUUACUUGCACAAUUGCUUGCACUUGGAUGUUGAUAGUGAAGCAGAAAUAUUGCCUAGUGCUGGACCUCAAGCAAUUUGCUUUUUGGGCACUUUGAUUAGAAGAACUGUGAAAGAAAGUCCAGCUGUAAGGGCUGCCCACAAGUUAAAAGAGAAAGUCAAGUUGUUUGCUUCGCAGAAACAAGAGGCUUGGGAUGUUGGGACAGUUAGGAUUGGGAAGAAAUGGUUAGCUCAUGGUUUGAGAAAGGUUAAAGAGUCAGAGAUCAAACAUUUAGCUGAUAGAAGCUCUCUUUUGAACCAAAUUUCCUGUUUCCGCAAAGCUGGAAUGGAAACUGAUCAUUGGUACAAGUUCCUACUUAAAGUAUGGAUGAAAGAUAUUAAAACCAAAGCAGCAGAGAGUGAGGAAUUUGUUUUGUCCAAGUAUGUGGCUGAGCCGGCUGUUCCACAAGAACUUAGAGAAUCCUUUUAUGAAUUUCAGAAGCAUGCAGAGGAAUAUGUUAAAUCUGAGACUGCAAUGACUCUUGCUCUUUUGCCAAACUCUAGCUCCUCCUCUGAAACCAUUACGGAGAUCAUUGCUCCUGUUAAUGCCAUUAAGAAGCGUUUGUUACGAUAUGGAUUGACCUCUUCCCAAGGUCACUCCCGUGCCAUUACUCAACUAAUUUUACAAGACAACAUCCAGAUCAUUGAUUGGUUUUCGGGUAUUGUUUGUCGUUGGCUUAGGUGGUUUAGUGAUUACCAGAACUUCGCUGAGUUAGAGCUCAUAAUUAGGAAUCAAGUUAGGAAAUCUUGCAUUCGGACUUUAGCAGCAAAGUACCAAGUUCAUGAAAGUGCAAUAGAGAAACGUUUUGAUUUAGAACUGAGCAGGAUCCCGUCCACUCAAGAGGAAGAGCAAGAGAUGGAACAUGAGAAGCCUCAAUCUCUAGCUUUUGAUAAUGAUGAGGCGCUGAUGUAUGGAAUUUCUUAUAGCGGCUUAUGUUUACUGUCAUUAGCUAGAAUGGUGAGUCAGUCGCGGCCUUGCAGUUGUUUUGUUAUGGGGUGUCCAGCUGCAGCACCAAGUGUUUAUACUAUUCAUGUGAUGGAAAGACAGAAGUUCCCUGGAUGGAAGACAGGAUUUUCAACUUGUAUUCAUCCCAGCUUGAAUAAAAGGCGAAUUGGAUUGUGUAAACAGCAUCUAAGGGAUUUAUAUGUGGGUCAAAUAUCCCUUCAAUCCAUUGAUUUUAGUUCAUGGAAAUGAAGCUUUCACUGCAAUGAACAGAAUAAGGUAUAAAAAUGAUAGAUGCCUGGCCAUUAACUAUCAUUUUUAAGAAACCAGGGAAGCUGGCAUCAAGGCUUUAAGGCCCAGCAUUAAGAACCUCCUUAGGCAUGCUUUUUGAAGAGCCACAUGUACCCAUGUUUUGAACAUGCAGAAAGUGCUGGAAGCCAAAGAAGAUUCCUACUCUUUGUACAAAGGAGGACGCAGUAUAGGGAUAAGCAUCAACAUAGCUGUUCGGGAUUCGGCUGUUCCUUCAAAGUCACAAGUUUUCUUUCUAUAUCAGUAGAGUGGACACCCUAAGCUUCAAAAACUGGAGAAAAAUUGAAACCUGAGGGGUGGCUGUUUUCAGUGUCCGAGCUUUAAAAGAUCAAACUGUGAGGAUGAUGAAGCUUAAAGGUUGCCUCAUUGGCCUAUUCACUAUCUGCACGCUGCUGAACUGUUCCUCUGGUUGAGCAGGGGCAUGAGGUGUUCCUAACUCCCCCCCUUCUGGCUCUAACCCAACACACUGUUGUACCACCAGAACCAAAACUGUUGCUGCAAAAUCUGAUGAUGCUAGCAAAUCCCCAAUUGCACCAAGCUCUGUGCACUCGCUCCAAUCUAUAAGGCCCGCUGUAACUGGUGAAAUCAUCACAUGUCCUCUACCCGCUAUGAACAAGUCGUGAUGAUUGUCCAUUGACCUCAUUGCUGCCACUGUUUCCUCACCAUUGUUGACCACCUUCUCAUUGUAACUUAUGGACCCAUCAUGAGCAGUCUGGAUCCUGAAUUCAUUAACAUAUUCUUCAUCAAGGUUCUUCUCUUUUUUAUUUUCUGUUUCCACGGUGAGCAUUCCAGAGUCGUCAGGUUCUAUUGCAUCCUCACCUGGAAUGAACCUCAUCACAGUGAGCUUAAUUGCUGGAUGCUCAGACAUCCUCCAUAUUAGUGGCAGAAAAUCAGCAUGUCAAUGGCAGAAAUUGUGCCUGAAAAUGGGGAAGUUUGUCCCCCAUUUUCAGCUAUAAAUAGAGAGGUUUAGAGAGAGCAGAGGGGGACAACAAAGACACUAAACAUGUAGUAGAAGGAGCUGCCUUCAUUGGCAGCAGCAGCUGCAGAUUGGCAGCAUAUAAAGUGUUGUUAUACAGCAGCAACUAUUGUAAAUUUCCUUCAACAACAUACUUCCAAACUCUUGUGUAUUCUAACACUCCAUGCAUAUGAUAGUGCCUCUCUAUCAUAUGUGCCCCCAAUGAAGAGUACUGCUAUAUGGUGAGAUGCCUGGUUUGAGGCUAAAUAAGUAGACCCACUUAGCCUUCUCUCUACGAGAAUCUCAAUAGAGCAGGGUGUUUUGGCUAAUACAUUUUGGUUCACCAUUCGGAAAGCUGGGUUGGUGACUUCCAUUCCACCAUCAACUGUUAGCUGUUUGUGGAAAGGGAUGAUAAUUAAAGCAACCAGUUUUUCCUCAGCCAAGUUACAUGUCUUCAUGCAUGGUGGAAUAAGAAGAAAUGGUAGUCAAGGGUUGCACAGAAACACAAUCUUGCUAUUCAUAAUUCUCGAAUGCAUUGAUGAUAUUAUCAGAUUGAGCUUGGGUGUCGUUGAGGGCGGGGCGGCCAGAUUUUCUUGUGUUAUGGAUUAUAAGCAUUGCUGAGGCACGGCCAGUGAGUUCAACUAGGUGGACCACAUAGACACACAUGGGGGACCUUUUAGUUGGGUGGGAGGCUUCCAAGAGAUUAUUGAUUGUUGGGACGUUGAGAUGAGUGUGUACACAUAGUAAUACCCUAAACUCUGCAUCUGGUUUUGACUUCUGAAUUGUUCUCCAUUUGUAAUCAGGAACCUCCUCCUCCCAGGUCUGUAUAUGAUUGUUACAGUGGGCGUGAUAAUUGCAGUCAUAAUCACAGAUACAAUCACCAUCAUUGCAGAGGACUCAUCAUCUAAGACCUGCAAGUCAUCUGUGUUUUAUCUCUGAAUUCUUUUGUACAUAUGCAAAACAUAAGAUUUGAGAUGAGAAGUAAAGUUGCUGCAUUUGAUGAAGAGGCAAGUGAAAAGAAGAAAGAAAGCCUUUUUGCUUUUGUCAUGUAUGUGAAAAUGAGGAAAGAGUGGAAGAUGGGAUGGAGGGAAAGAGAAAGAAGGAGGUAGUACGGUUCAUCUUCGAUGGCUGCCCGCCCCAUUUGGAAGCUCUCUUUCGUGGUUCUAAACCAAGUAGAAGAGAACUCUAUUUUAAGUGCAUUCCAUAUCAAGUCAAAUACUUUUCUUGAUUUAUGAAUUAUGAAUAAGAUGGCAUGGACAAAUCAAGGCAUUCAACUAGUUGAAGUUUUUCCAACACUUGGCUUUGAUGAAGGUUGAAACUGAAUGAUAACAAAUACUUAGUUGUUUUUCAA